GUGCACCCAGCGCAUGCAUAGCCGAAGCCACAGAAGUCGUGGUGUGUUUCAUUGGCACCAAUGGUAGUCAACCCGCGCUAAACACCCGGAGCAAAUGCGGCACAGCCCCCUGCGAUGGAGCAAGCGUUGAUGGUUUGGAGGGCCAAGCCUCUAUUGAAGUUUCACUGAGUUAUCAACUCUUCAUUUGUGCUUCUCAUUCACCGACGUUGAUAUCAAAUCUCUGGAUAAACAUCUCUGCACAUCGUCAGCGACUUCCACCGUGACACAAAGCAAGGAAAGUACUCACAUCCUCCGAUUCAACGGCAUUUCCCUCCUCACCUUGGCCAGCAGCUCCCUAUCAAUCACAGCAGUAGCAAUCUCUGGCUCUGGAUUGUCUUCUCCUUCACGCCCCUUGAUCUCGGCCACGAUCUUGCCCCAUGGAUCAACAAUCAUGCUGUGCCCGUAACUAACCCUCUUCUCAUUAUGUCUCCCGACCUGCGCAGCAGCAACGGCAUAAGACUGUGUCUCUAUCGCCCUCGCCCGUAAAAGCACUUCCCAAUGUGCCUUUCCUGUUGGGACUGUAAAAGCAGAAGGAUAGGUGAUGAUCUCUGCGCCCCUUCGUCGCAACGCCAAACUCAUCUCUGGAAAGCGCAUCUUGCACGUUGUCAGCAAAUGAUCACUCUCCGGCAUAUGACGAGAAGACAAACAUCAAAACAAAUCGCGCUCCCCACCCUCCCCACCCCCUCUACGUCCCACACCUCCCCGACCUUCUCCCCCGCCUCAACCACUGCACUCUCCUUCAACACCGGCCCUCCGCUCUCCCCCAGGUCAACAUCAAACAAGUGCACCUUCUGAUAUGUAUGAACAAUGUGGCCGUUCUCAUCUAUCCAGAUCACCGUGUUGCGGAUCUUGGUCUUGGGGUCUGUCCAACUUGGCUCGUGGAUGCCAACGUGGAUGGCCAGUUUGUGUUUUUUGGCUUCGGCGCGGAGGCCGGUGACGAACUCGGAUUUGUUGGUGGGCUGGCAGAGGGAGAGGGACUCGGUGGGGGAGGAGGCAAUGUAAUCGGAGGCUUCGGGGAGGAAGAGGGCUUUGCAGUUGAGGGAGGCGGCGCGGGCGAUGAGGGUGCGGCAUUGGGUGAGGUUGUGGGGGAGGGAGGAGGUGGAUGUCAGUUGGCCGAUGGCUAUGAGGGACAUUUUUUUAGAAGACUUCCAGGUGUGAAAUGAGGACGGCACGAAGGAAGAAGGUAAAGAAAACCAAUCCCGUGGGCUGAGUACAGGCCGAAUAUGAAUAGUGAGAUGAGGCUCUCAGUCAGUAGCUGUUUGUGUCGAUGUUGAGAGUGACAGAGAGCAAGCAUCGGGCACUGUGGGGGAGCUCGCCCCGUUAUCGGACUUGUGGGGCCGGCCCGGAUAGCGACCUCUUCGGCUCCGGAGAUGGCGUCAUUUUGUUGAACACCAAACAUGGUGAAAGUAAUGGGGGAGAUUACUCUGUCGCAUCAGUUUUGCGGUGCAGACACUGGCCAUUAUCUCCCCCAGUUGGGAUAGCUUUGGGUCGGGGCCUGGCAUCACACUGCGAAGGGCGACGACAUGAGCCCCCUCAGCCACCUCAGCACCACUGCUUCAACAUUACCCCUUUAUCAUUGCCUGGACAGUCGCGUGCAAAUAUGAAAGAAGUUUUUUCAAUCGGCUUUGACUGAUGAGCUGGAGGAAGAGCUGACAAAGCGUGUCGCCAUUCAUCUCACCACCGGCAAUCCAUGGCACCAAAUGAAGUCACAUCACCCGGACCAGUAGCAAAAGGCAGACGAGACUUCCAGUUUUAUCAUCUUCAUCAAACCUCUGAAGCGACUUGUCAGUCUUCACCUGGUCCUAAAUUGAAUCGACUUGCGGUGGUGAAGCACAAUGUGGGUCUGGGUCAACAACAAUGCUAAGACGACAAUCCUAAGAGCACACCCCAAACACACCAUUGCGGCCACCACUGCGCCCAAAUCAAUGGCCUGUUUUUCACCACCAGACUUUCAUUGUCCUAAACUCUGGUAGCAUUAUCCCGCCCGAUCCGCGCCCUCUUAGAAGCCAUGAUGGGCUCCAAAUUAUGACCAAGCAGCAACCUCGUGGCCAGGCUUGCUCCUGCUCCAUUUCCACCAGAUCCAUUGCGAUUGUUUACUACUAAGCAACAAUCCUAUGGAAAAGGAGAAGUAUUUACAUACAGCCUACCCACCAUCCAUUAUUUACUUUGCCAUUCACCGUCAGCAGUUCCUCGGUCCUCAAAUACUUCUCCAGCAUGGGUUUCAAGCAGCUCUUUCUUUUCCACUAAACACCACAGCCAACGUGGACUUCAGUCAAAUCGACAACUCUCUCAAUCUUUUUUUUGCCUAGAGCUGUGCCGCCUCGACAUCAACGAUCGCUUCACGGUAUCCAGCCAAGCCCACGCAAGUGCGCCUUAGCAACAUCAACAGCCCCCAAGAUCAGAGAGAUCAAGGACACUCUCUUCAAGAUGUCCACCCCAACCUCCACCACCCUCGCCCCGGGGCCUCCACCAACAAACUUCAACCCCUCAACCCAAACCUUCAUCCUCCUCGCCCCGGCCCCCCCAUCAGGCGAACUCGCGCCCGUCCCCCUCACCCCAAAGGAAGUCUCCGAAAUCUACGCCGACGCCUCCUCCCUGUCGAUCCUCUACGGCUCCCAAAUCGGGGCCUGCAUCUCUAUCCUCGCCGUCGUCCUCCUCAUGACCCCCCUCCCACGAUUCAAGCGCUGGCCGACAAUUAUCUCCAUCCUUGCCCUCGCGCUCAACACGACGAGAAUGGUACUCCUCAGUUUGUUUUACCCGUCCUCCUGGGCGUCGCUGACGGCGCUUUUUCUCGGGGAUUACUCGGCCGUCUCGCAGAACGAUAUCAAUAUCUCUGUUGCUGCCACGUUGUUGUCUGUCCCGGUCACGAUGCUGAUCUAUGCCGCGCUGUUUGUGCAGGCGUGGAGUAUGUUGAGUUUGUGGAGGGAUGUGUGGAAGUGGCUUGCCAUUGGGGUGAGUAUCGGGGUUGGGUUGGUCACUGUUGGGUUCAACUUUGCGGGUGCGGUUAUUCAGGCUAGGGGGGUGUUGGGGAUGACGGUGCCAAGGGACGGGGUGUGGGUGAGGCAGGUGUAUUUGGGGAUGAUGACGGGGGGGAUUUGCUGGUUUUGCUUCUUGUUUAAUGUUAGGUUGGUGAUGCAUAUGUGGGAGACUAGGAGUGUGCUGCCGGGGUGGAAGGGCUUGAAGGCGAUGGAUGUGUUGGUUAUUUGUAACGGGGUGUUGAUGUUUGUGCCCGUGGUCUUCGCAGCAUUGGAGUUCGCCUCCUUCACCAACUUUGAAUCGGCCUCUUUGACGCAGACGUCUGUUAUUGUUGUUCUUCCUCUUGGGGUGUUGGUCGCGCAACGGCUUGCUGCGGCACCGUCACGAUACGCCUCGCCGACUGGCACAACCACCGGCAUGACCGGCAGCUCAAGCAUGGGCUCCAACCCCCGAUCGAGAAACCAAACCUCCAGCAUGGCCACCCAGCGUCCACUCCUCAGUCACGACCGUCGUGGCAGCGCAGCCUCCUACAACGCCCACGGCUUCCAAGGCAAGAACCACGUUACUGUUUCUGCUGACCAACAACAAUGCCCCCGCCGUCACAGCAGAAAGGACCACCCUGACGAUUUGAUCACGGAGGUGGAGAAGCCGAGCAGUCAGCACCACAGCCCUUUUUCGCCUUUGUCACCUACGUUUGGAGAGAAGGGAGGCGCUGGUUUGAGGAUGCCAGAUGCCGCUGGGCAGGAAAGUAACAACGGGGGUGUGAUGGUUGAGAGGGAGAUUAGGGUGGAGAGGGACGGCUUGAGCGCGGCGGAGGUGAGAAACUCAGAUGGCUCGUAGAGCGGGACCAGUCUGAUGUCGCUGAGGUCGUUGAGGAGUCCCAGGAGUCCGAGGUGGAUAGUUUGAGACGGAUGGGAGACAAAAUGAGCGGGGUUGUUUAUUCGUUUCGUUCCUGGUGGUAGUUUUGGUAAUUAUCUUUUUGUUUCUUUAGAACCAUCUUUUUCUUUUCUUCGCGGUGUGAUGUCGGUCGGUAUUGUGAUACUGUGCUUGUUGAACAUGGAUGUACUUAUACCCUAGUUUGCAAUUUUUGAUGGGGAAUAUGCGAUUUCAGUGGUGCCACCUGACUUAA